UUGUGAUCACUGUUGUUGUUUUGGAUGCAUGCCACUUAAUUUAUUCUGUCCUCAACCUUAUUUUUCUGUGACAUCCCCAUACAGUUGUGUAGGACCAUCCAUCCCCCCAUAUUCCUCCCCUUUGCACACCUCCUCACUACUCUAUAUAUAAACAAAUCCACUAAUGAGCACUUUGCACAUCAUUUAUAGAGAGAUAAUUAUAAGAGUGUGUGUGUGUGUUUGUAAAAAGAAAGAAAGAAAGAAAGAAAGAAAGAUAGAAGAGAGAGAUAAAAAAACAAAAACAAAGAAGAAGCAAGCAAGCAAUGGGAAUUAAGAAGUACCGCAUACUAGUACUAUUGUUCUCAGUUCUCCUAUCCCUGCUCAUUGUCGAGACACCCACGGCUGCUGCCCAACUGAGCCAGAAUUACUAUGCCGGCAUCUGUCCGAACGUCGAAUCCGUCGUGCGCGGCGUCGUCUCGCAGCGCCUGCAGCAGAGCUUCGCCGCCGGCGCCGGCACCCUCCGCCUCUUCUUCCACGACUGCUUCGUCCGGGGCUGCGACGCGUCGGUGCUGAUCGCCAAUCCGAACGGCGACGACGAGGGCCACAGCGGCGCCGACCUGUCGCUGUCGGCGGACGCCAUCGACCUGAUCAACAAGGCGAAGGCCGCGGUCGACGGCGAUCCCCAGUGCACCAACAGAGUGUCCUGCGCCGACAUACUCGCUAUGGCUGCCAGAGACGUGGUUUCCCUGGUCGGAGGGCCGUUUUAUCCGGUCGAGCUUGGGAGGUUAGACGGCAAGGUGUCGACGCGCGCCAUCGUCAAGUACAGUCUUCCCGGGCCAACCUUCAAUUUGGAUCAACUCAAUUCCUUGUUCGCCGCCAAUGGCCUUACCCAGACCGACAUGAUCGCAUUAUCAGGUCGGUAACACUAUUACUGAUAAAUCAAAUUUUCUUGUAAUUAUAAACUAUUUUGAUUUUACGAACUAAUCCUUUAAAAUUUUAAUUUUACU